UCCAAUCCACUCAUUACCCUUAAGGCUCCCAUGUGGUCAUUUUUUUUUCUCUCUCUUUCUGACCCAUUUCUCGGCCUUCACAACUCAGGCACUGGCUUUGUGAUCCACUUGUUGGACCUCACAGCCCAUUAUAAUUAAUAUUAUUUGCUCCAGAAUGAUUUUGUUGGCUCCUGUGGCCCACCUGUAGGCCUUCUCAUCCCACCCUUUCAUUUCCCUUCACAAUAUUUGAGGCCAAGCCACGUUCUCCACGGCUUUCAUUCUACCUUCUAGCCCUGGGCAUCUACACAGAGCCCCCACAGAUCUCCCCAACCACCUCUGGGUGCUGACAUGCAGUUGUCAUCCCCAAAAUCUUUACUCCCUGAUCAAUUUUUGACCUUUUUCCUAGGCAGAAAGUCAAUUUUUUUUCCACUACGCCACCCCUCCGGUCAACCCUCACAGGGGAGAACUUUGGUAGAGCACCAAAAUUAUUUCACUUGCUCACAGAUGACACCAUUUUUAACUUUUCUCUCCCCACAGGGGAACACCUUCCAGGCCACCCUCACCACCAACACCGACACAUCCUUCAUCAUCCUCAACUACAAGGACAUCCAAUGGACCACGGGGGUGGCGAGCGGCGGUGACCCCAAAACUGGCCUUGGAGGCACCCCGGCCCACGCCGGUUUCAACAGCGGAGAUGAAACCAACUACUACAACAUCCCCGGCUCCCGCACCGAAGCCGUCAUCAACAUCACCAAAACCUCCAACGUCAACGUGCCAGGACGUUGGGUCUUCCAAGUCGACGUCUUUAAGGUGGUCGGGGUCCCCACCGAGAAGCCCCAGGCCGCCUCCGACAAGAGGUGCUGGCUUUGAGUUGGAUUCCAGAAGGGGGAACAAGAAAUAAAAAGGGACGGCAAGCGAGGCGACACCAAAACAGAAGGCAAAAAAGCAUUUCUGGGGGCUUCUCCCCCUUUCUUGGUUGCUUCUUGCGGAUCAACACGGACCCCCAUCGGCCCCAUUCCCCCUGGUGACUCCUUCGAAUGCCCUCGACAAGCUCUGCCGAAGCAAUAAAGCUGCAGCUGAGA